CUUUCGUGCAUUUGUUUCUUUCACUUCCUUUCUCCGGCGGUGGCCAGCCAUGGAAAGCACCCAUGCUUGGCUAGAAGAACGCAUGAAGGAACUGAAGAAAAGAUGUCAAGAGAUGGAGGCCGAGCUGAAGAAGCUAGGCAGUGUGAGCCCUGAAAAGCAUUUGGAGGCAGCUGAGGCCAUCCAGGCAAAGAUCAAAGAGGAGAAGAAGCAAACCUCCCGGCUCCAGCGGCAACAGAUGGAGGAGUUCAAGGAGCUGCACGCCGCGCGGCUCCACGAAGAGGAGUUGACCCGGCAGAAGCGGGAGAUCUUCGCAGAGAUGGAGGCGACGAAGCGCCAGUUGCAGGAGACGCAGUGGGAGGCGGAGCGGCAAGAGCAGCUGCAGAGUGCCUUCCACGAGCGCCUGCAGAGUGAGCGGCUGCAGCUGCGACGCAAGGAGCGGUCCUUGGAGGAGCUCCAAGCGGUGAAGGUGAAGUUCAUCGAGGAUGCCAAGGAAGAGAAGACGAGGCGGCAGGAGCUCAGAGAGAAGAUGCGGGCGUGGAUGCAGCAGCAGGAGGCGGAGCUGGAAGGACUGCGCGCGCAGGUGGCAGCGCACCCCGAGGAGAUGGAGAUGCACCGGGAACGCCGCGAGGCUUUGCGAAGUGAAGCCGAUGAAGCUGAGCGGCGGUCAGAGGAGCUGGUGAAGCAGGCUGAGGAGUCGCGCCGGCUGAUUCCAGUGUACGCGGAGCAACGCCAGGAGUUCUUGCAGCAGAUCUGGGACAUGUCCGCCCAGGACGAGCUGAAUCAAGACGAGCUGACCAAGGGCCAAAGAAAGCUCUUGCAGUUUCAAAAGAAGGCACAGGAACGCCUGCGGAGGCAGGCGGCUGCAGGUUCAUGAGCGUGGCAGGUUCGACCACCGCGGUGGUUCUGGGACUCUGGGAGGUGAAUGGAGAGGAUUUGACCUCAGAAACCUAAUUCGAUGACGUGGACAGCGAUGGGUUCUGAAGAGAGGUCCCAAACCUGAAGUUCUCU